CUUUUGUUCCUUUCGUGUUGCCCAUAUGCAUUUUCCUUUAUCGUUGUCCAAUGACGGUUAUAAUUCCAAUUGAAUGAGUAAACACAAUAUCUAAUAUUAAAAGAACAAUAGAACAUAGGCUUUCGUAUUUAUCAUUGUUAUUAUUGUUAUUAUUUUCGUUUGUUUAAAAGAAAUUUUCAAAUUACAUAAUUUAAAAAUUAUUACAAGUUCGGUUUUAAUGCAGUGAAAACAAACUAAUAAUGAUUGUAUUCAAGAGUGUUUUAUUUGUUGCGAUGAUCUUCAUUACAUCUUCAAUGGCCGAUAGAAAGUUGCAUGCUGAAUUAAAUCCUGGAUGUUUUGAACCUGAUCAUUGCACUUCUGUAUCUAAACUAUUAUAUAUACGUGCUGAUGGUGACAACGACACUGUGCAUUAUUUAUUUGAUUUCACUCAAAAACCAUCAUUAGUUAUUGUAACAACUGCAAAUAAUGCUAAUAUUCUUGUUAAAUAUAAUGAAACUCAAUCAAAUGUCACAAUUAAAUUUACCAAGGCUCCAUUUUAUACGUUUGCAUCAGUUUUUAAUAAAAUGUACGAGUUUGAUGAUGUUAAUGAUACAGCACUAUUAAAUAAUGGUAAACAUUACUUAACAAUAGAUUUUAAGAAAUAUGAUUGGAAUAUGAAUCUUUUCAAAAUUAACAUUAAUGAAUCUGUUGAAGUUAACAUAUCUAGUAAUUUAUAUAGAGCACCAAGUAUUACAAAAACUGGUACUGUAUCUAUAACGUUGAAAGUGUACGGAAAAAAAGAUAAAGGAUCAAAGUUACCGCAUCUUGUUCAUACUCCUGAGUCUGGUGAACUUACACUUACACUUGAUCAGUUAUCUACGAAGUUUUCUAGUUCACGUUUUGCUGUUGAAUUACUUACUCUUAGUUCUUUUCCAUUUAACAAAUCUGAAAAAUUAGUAGCCGAACAAUUUUCUGAUGAUAAAUCAUCUUCUGGUACAUUUGUGACUUAUCUGAUGGAUACGAAAGGAGAAGAAGAUGAAGAAGGAGGUGGUUAUCUUAGUUGGAGACCAGUUGUAUAUAAAGCAGCCAAUACACAUGCUUUAAAUUCUUCUUCAACAGCUCAGUAUACUAUUCAAGAUUACAAUAGUCAAGAUAAUGAGAUUGACUGGAUUUCAACACCUUUGUAUAAAUUGUAUGGAAAUGAAUUAUUUAAAAAUAGUUAUCUUUUGAAGGCAACUAAUGUGUCUUUUGGAGAACCUGCUGAUGGAUACUAUGCAAAGUCAAAUUAUCUUUAUUGGACUUUCUUGGUAGGAGUUGGUGCACCUCCUAGCUCAAGUUUAGGUUUUCUUGAAAUGUCAAUCAUUGCUAGUCUUCUAUUAAUGUUGACCAUAACUAUGAUUCUUUUGUUUUGCAUAUUUAUGCGUUGGAUGUCCAGUAAACGUAACUCUAUUAUUUAUGGUCAAUAAGAUCAUUAUUAGUACCUAUUAUAUUUAACUAAGCUUUAUUAGUGAUUCUGUCAAGCUUAAGCUCAGGUUUUAAUCUCUUAAACUAAGUAUGUAUUUUUUGUCUGAAAGUUUUGAGCUAGUCCUAUUUAUUUAAGAUAAUUGACAAAUAUGUGAUUUUAUUAUACACUCAUUCUAAAUUCAUAUUUAAUUUUUUGUUGCUCGUUUGACAAUCAAUUCUUUUUUGUUCUAGUAAAAGUAUAAAAAUUUGUAUAUUUAAUAUCAUUUUUAUCUUAAGUGGAAAA